AUGUAUGUGUGGUUGCGAAUACUGGUUGUCAGUCAACUCUAUGGGGUUCCCAUAGAGUUCAAAGUUACAGAAGCAUCUGUGGUCGUGGUCAUAGGUUAUGUUAUUAUAAACACCAGGAUUAAUUGCGAUAUUCAAAUGAAUAUAAUGAUUUCCAAAUCAAAAACAUUGGUUGUGCUACUGCUAUGUUUUUAUUAUUCCUCAAAUGCAGAUAUUAUAAACUCGAACGACGUACUAGCUCCUGAAACACUACCAAAGUUACCCAAAGAAAUAGAAGAUGCAGUACCUGAUUUUACCGAGAAAGAAAUAUCACCAAAUACUACCAUUAAUAUUCACAACCAAUCAGGAUUAACUAACAAAACAUCUUCAAAUAAUGCUACUCUUAAAAUUGUACACUGCCUCCCGAAUUUGGGAUCUGAAAAAGUGGAAAUAGUAAAUGAUACACACUUAAUAAGAAUUCUCACUCCUGAUUCUAACAUCACUUCUAAGGACACAGCCGCUCAGUGUGUUGUGGUCAUGUUUUAUUCGAAGUAUGGAACUUUUUCUAGUAUGGCAGCUCCCCACUUCAAUGCAUUACCUCGCGCAUUCCCAGAUAUAAAAAUGGUUGCUAUAAACACCAUGAUGUACCACUUGUUCAAUACUCAAAAUGGUAUUGUUGGGAUACCCUCAGUAAUUCUUUUCCAUAACGGAAGAGCUGUUGCUAAGUUCAAUGAUUCUGAGUAUACUUUGGAGUUAUUUUCGAAAUUCGUUAAAAAAAACACUGGUAUUGAAGCAAAGGAGAAAUCAAUUGUGACAUCUGCAGAUUUUGCGGGUCCAGUAGUGAGCUCCCCAUCAAAAGACUCCGAUAUGUUCUUGGUUCUAUCAUGGAUAUUUGUAUUUUUCUGUGCAAUUUACUACUUCACGAAAUCGUCUUGGUGGAAGUGGAUUCUUGAUACCAUACAAAGUAAUUGGAGAGAAGCAGAGGCACAAGCAGAGCAUUUGCAUGAUGAUUAAUUGAUAAUUUAAUGUUUUUAAUAAAUUUGUUACUUAAA